GUGCUCAGCUGUUUUUAAGCUACUUCCGGGUCCUGAGGAAACACGUGAAGCGGGUCGGGUCCAGCUUCUGCCGCGUCUUGUUUACAAGUAAACCACAACAAGUAACGAUGGCAACAACCAACAAUGGCAUCGUAAACGGAAUGGAGGAGAAGGAGACAGAGCAGAAGGAGGAGCAGGAGGAGGAAGUCUACCGGAACUUUGUGGCUCUGCACGCCGGAGCGCUGAGGUCCUCAGGAAUCCCUGAGCUGUAUUGGAAGAGCCUGUUCCUCAAGCUGAGCCAGGAGAUCUAUGAUGCCGGAGAGGUAUUCGGGAUCAUGCAGGAGAUGGAGGAGGCUGAGGAGGAGGAGGAGAAAAAUGCAAACCCUAUCCCGAAGUUCACCUGUAAAGUGGUCGUAACGAGUGAAGAUGGGCUGCAGGCCUCCGACCCCAACAGCGUGUUCCUGGUGGACCACGCCUGGACGUACCGCGUGGAGCACGCCCGCCAGCAGCUGGAGGAGAUCCCCGGCCUGCUGCCCAGGAUGGCCUCCCUCAUGGGGCUGGACUGUCACGGGGAGACCCCCGACCCGGGCACCGUGGACCGGGUCCUGGAGAGCAUGUGGCGCUACAACCAGACCUACCGGCUGUCCCAGGGGACGGCGGAGGAUAAGGUCCCAGUCUGGUACAUCAUGGACGAGUUCGGCUCCCAGGUGCGGCACGCGGACGAGGCCUCGUGCCGUCUGGCCCCCCUCUACUACCUCCAGGGGCAGAUGGCCUUCUCCGUGCUCUGGCCGCUGCGGGACCUGGCCCCCGGAGACGAAGUCACGCGUGACUACGCGUACGGCGAGACGAGGCCCCUGGUGAGGCAGUGCCGCCUGUUGCCGUGGAUACCGGCCGACCUGGAGGGGGUGAGCACGGACACGCCCGAGCCCUCGGAUCUGUACUACGAGGCCAUUCAGAAGGAGAACAAGGAGACGUCUCCAGUGGAGAUCCAGCCCACCCCGGUUCCUGCAGACAAAGUCCUGAAGGUCUUCACCGGGAUGCAGCAGGUCAGAGAUCACCUCACCCACCCCCGCUUCCAGAUGACCGACUCUGAGGAGGACGCGGACGUGGUCUGGGCCUACGUCAGCAUCAAGGACUACCGGAAGUGGAGCGAGCAGCGGCCCCAGGUGAUGCUGAACCAGUUCCCCGGGGAGUCGGUCGUCACGGUGAAGGACUGCCUCUCGGCCGUGGCCCGGCGGGGCGGGGGGCAGGGGGCGCCGUGGCUCCCGCGCACCUUCAACCUCCAGACGGAGCUGCCCCAGUUCAUCAGGCAUUACCAGCAGAGACACGAGCGCUGGGUGGGCGAGUCGGUCUGCUUCGCCGGGCCGAUGAGUCCACAAAGGACUCAAAGGAUACGCGGCAUAACAACAAAGGAAGCAGCAGACCGAGCGAAGUGUGUGUGUGUGUGUGUGUGUGUGUGUGUGUGUGUGUGUGUGUGUGUGUGUGUGUGUGUGUGUGUGUGUGUGUGUGUGUGUGUGUGUGUGUGUGUGUGUGUGUGUGUGUGUGGUGUGUGUGUGUUGUGCGCGCGCGCGCAGCGGGGAGGACACCACUGGAUCUGUAAACCCUGGAACCUGGCCAGGGGCCUGGACACACACAUCACCAGCAGCCUGGACUACAUCAUCAGACAGAGGGAGAGCCUUCCCAAGGUGGUGUGUAAGUACCUGGAGGACCCCGUGCUGUUCCACAGGGAGGAGCUGGGCCGGGUGAAGUUCGACGUCCGCUACAUGCUGAUGCUGCGCUCGGCCCGGCCGCUGCGUCUCUACGCCUACAAGGUCUUCUGGCUGCGCUUCGCCAACAAGCCCUUCUCGUUGGAUCACCUGGACGACUACCAGAAGCACUUCACCGUCAUGAACUACGCCGAAGGUGUUCAGCUCAAACAGGUCCACUAUGAUGACUUCAUCCCCAUGUUCGAACAGCAGUACCCCCAACACCCCUGGAGCGAGGUGGAGGCGGAGCUGUUUCAGGUGUUCGGAGAGCUCUUCCAGUUAGGGUUCCGCCCGGCGCCCUACGGUCUGGGGGACUACCCCUCAUCCCGAGCCAUCUAUGCAGUGGACCUCAUGCUAAAGUGGGGACAGGGCCCAGCGGUGAGUCGUGUGAUGAAGCCUCAGAUCCUGGAGGUGAACUUCAGCCCCGACUGUGCACGGGCCUGCCUCUACCACCCCGACUUCUACAACCACAUGUUCCAGACGCUGUUCCUGGAUCAGCCCCAGGACUGCCCGGUCACCCGGAUCCUCUGACCCCCACACAUGAACCACAAUGUUGUGGUUAGGGGUUUAUUCAGCUGCCAUCUUGGCUCUAAGCGCUAGCUAAGUGCUAGCGGAGGAACUGAAUGCAGAAACCUGCAUUCAGUUGGAGGUGUAAAGUAAUAAAGGAGGAUUUAGGUGAUUAAAAAGGUCAAUGUGUGUCCAGUUCUUAAUAAAACUAUGAAUAAAGU